GACGACGUUUUGAUUACUCUUUCCGGCUUUCCUUCUCAUUUAUUUAUUUAAUUGGAGCAUUUAAAUUGCCAAAUUUAAAAUCCCCAAUCGACGAAAUCGGAAACAAUUCUUCAAGUUAACCGACCCUUUCCUUGAUCUCCACCCCAAGGAAUAUAUCUACUACCGCCAUUCCAUCAUCAACAAAGACAAUUUUAUUAUUAUAAAUUAUCUGAUAGACGAAGUUUCCGUAACACGUCUCGAUUGAGCUUAAUUCUUAGGUACAAGUUACAGAGCAAUGGGUUGGUUAUGGAAGGACAAGUCGGAGGACGCCGUUACGUCGCCAGACAAUGCCGUCACGUCACCGGAGAGUGAUGUUAGCACAGACCAAAACCCUAACACUAGUAAUCUCGAGUACCGUUCUAAAACCGUGUGGAAGAGUAAGUGCAGGACGGAGGAGGUUGAGCCUGGAAAGUUCGUCAUGAAAUGCGUGAACUCCAAAGACAUCACUAGCUAUCGCUGCGGAAGGCUUGUCAAGGUGAAUUCCAACGUAGAACAUACGGAAGAGGACGUAACUGAGCAGGUGCUGAAGGGUUCUUUGUCCACAGGACCAAGGCCAGUUCAAAUCAAUGAAAGUGAAUAUGUCUUCACUGGUCCUCUCUGCCGUUUGGUUGGAGCUGCCAAGGAGAUCAAGGAUCGCAUUUUUGGAUAGAUUUUUUUAAUCUGCCGUGGAAUAGGUUUUUUUUUUUUGUUUUGUAUAUUUUUUCUUUCCAAAGUUAAAGAAGUUGAUUAAAUUUGACUUGCAUGACACAUAAAUUUGAUGGUUGACUACUUACCAGUUGAUAUGCUGGAUUGUGAAUCUAUUUUUUUUAUUUGGAAGGUAUGCAAUUGUAGGAUUUUGAAA